CCACUGGUACGAAGGACCUCUCAAACCCUUCUAUUUCCCUUAUUUCCUCCUGUGCCUCCAUCGCCUUCUCCUCAUAGCUUGCCUUUCUCCUCUCCUCUUCUCUUCUCUCCCCUCCCCUCCUCUCCUUCCCUCCCCCUACCCUGCUCAUAUCACACAGCUCUCUGCUGCCUGCUGGCGUUCUCUCCUCCAUGCAAGCACUCUCUUGUUCGGUUUUUUAUUUCUUCCCUGUUUGCUUCUUUCUGCAUCCAAAAGCUUUUAAAAACUGGUAGAAUCAUAAACAAUCCCCCUCUUUAAAAAUCAUUGCUUCCUUUUUCCAAAACUUCCUUUUAACCUAAAUACAGAACACCACUCUGUUGCAAUUUGAUUUUUUCCUCUCCUUUUUCUCUACUUUUUUUUUAGUUUUUUCAUUUUUUGCUAGCUAGCUACAUCAGUACAUGAGCUAGAAGAGAAGCAUGGCCGGCCUCGAUCUCGGCACCGCCGCGACGCGCUACGUGCACCAGCUCCACCACCUCCACCCCGAUCUCCAGCUGCAGCACAACUACGCCAAGCACCAGGAGCCCUCGGACGACGACCCCAAUGGCAGCGGCGGUGGCAACAGCAACGGCGGGCCGUACGGCGACCACGACGGCGGCUCGUCCUCCUCCGGCCCGGCUGGUGACGGCCUGGGUGGUGGUGGUAACGGGGAUGUGGUAGCCCGCCGGCCCCGGGGGCGCCCACCGGGCUCGAAGAACAAGCCGAAACCGCCGGUGAUCAUCACGCGGGAGAGCGCGAACACUCUGCGCGCCCACAUCCUGGAGGUGGGGAGCGGCUGCGACGUGUUUGAGUGCGUCUCCACGUACGCGCGCCGGAGGCAGCGCGGCGUCUGCGUGCUGAGUGGUAACGGCUUGGUCACCAACGUGACGCUGCGGCAGCCGUCGGCGCCCGCGGGCGCCGUCGUGACGCUGCACGGGAGGUUCGAGAUCCUGUCCCUCUCGGGCUCCUUCCUCCCGCCGCCGGCUCCUCCCGGCGCCACUAGCCUCACUAUCUUCCUCGCGGGGGGCCAGGGGCAGGUGGUCGGCGGGAACGUCGUGGGCGCACUCUACGCCGCGGGUCCAGUCAUCGUCAUCGCCGCGUCCUUCGCCAACGUCGCCUACGAGCGCCUCCCCCUCGAGGAGGAGGAGGCCCAGACAGCGCCACCAGGCCUGCAGAUGCAGCCGCCCGGUGGUGCCGAUGCUGGAGGCAUGGGCGGUGGACCGUUCCCUCCCGACCCGUCGGCUGCCGGGCUGCCGUUCUUCAACCUGCCGCUCAACAACAUGGCCGGUGCCGGCUCGCAGCUCCCGCCCGGAGCCGACGGCCAUGGGUGGGCCGGCGCACGGCCACCGUUCUGACAGGUCCACGGGGUGUAAUUCAGGUGUGAGAAGAGGAGGAUAUGACAAGAAGAAAGCAAUGAACAUCACAAGGGUUGAAGGCAGCUCGCAAAAGGUUAGCGCACGCAUGCUUGCACGAUUCAAGGAUAUCUAUCUAUUUCUAUCUCUCUGUACAAUUCCGUAGUGUUUGCUCGGUCUCAUAUUAUGCGUCUUCCUUGUUCCUUCUUUUCCUUUUCUUCUCUUGUCUCUUGAAACUUAAUUUGCUUUGUAACUUUGUCUUAAUUUUUAAUCUGGCUUUUAAUAAUUAACUUUUAA